AUGGCAUCGAUCAACAAGCCCCCACUCGACCAUUCCCGCCGUUCAACGGGCUCUCCGAAAAUGAAGACUCGAGAGAAUGCAAAAGAUACAGUAUGUCGCAAUGUGACAAUCUAUGGCCGUUGUCGCUAUGAAGAUAAGGGCUGUGCUUUUAAUCACGAUCCAUUGAAAAUUAACUCGACCCAACAGUCAGAUAGUAACAAGAAACGAUUCAAUGUCGACUCUCCCAGCUUCACCCCCUCUCUUCUGCCAGGCAAUGGUGCUACUACCCCCAAAAAAUCCACCACCAUCUCCCCGAAAGCAGCAAGCGCUGCUCCAUUCCAACCACGAACUUCUUCAUCCCGUAUGGGGGGACAAUCUGAUGGAGAAUUGUGGUCUCCUGCCAAGAGCUCUAAUACGAGCACCCCGCGGCAAGAAGGAGCCGCGGACUGGACUGUAGCUGAUGUACAGGAGUUUUUCCCUCAAGGAUUUGAAACACACGUAAAUACUGUCUCAAAGAUGUUCUAUAUGCGCCCUAGUAGAAGUCUGAGUGGUCUGGCUGAUCACUUUGCGAAUCGGGAUCUACAUCCGAAUCGGGAUCAUCACAAUUACUAUCGCAGUUGCAGUCUUGGAUAUCAUGCGACUAACUACCUACCUUUGCAGGGAAAUGGCAGCGGAGUAAUUACUCCAGGACCUUUCGAUUCCUUCGUUACAGCAACCACUCCGCUAUCUGGUGGUGCCGUUGGGCCAGUUUCAUCCAAUCCAUACUCCCAUGAUGCAGCUGCACUAGGAGGAUCUUUCUUCGCCAGUCAAACUGGCUUUCAGCAGCCGGUCCAAUAUCACCUCUAUGCGCCCAUCGGUCCUCACAACCAGAAUACUCUCGCUUAUCAGAGGAAUGUUCAUGACCUCUUUCUCCCCAACGAUUUUCGAGAGGAAUUGCAAAAGAAAUCUGCGGCCACCUUACAAACCCUUCCCAACACAACCCUACCCGCUCAAGUCGACUACUUCCACUCCCUAGUGCCACUAGAUCUCAGUAACCAGAAGAACGCUGCCACCUUCGGGUUUCCUAGCUGGGUUUACAAGGCACAGUCCAGCAAGGAUGGCAACUUUUACGCGCUGCGAAGAAUUGAAGGAUUCCGCCUGACUAACGAGAAGGCCAUACGGUCCGUUCAGGCUUGGAAACGCAUUUGCAAUGGGAGUGUGGUGACGGUCCAUGACGCGUUUACCAGUCGAAGCUUCCAGGACAGUUCACUCAUAUUUGUCACCGAUUACCACCCCAUGUCCAAAACGCUUACCGAACAACACCUGGGUGCUAGUCGCUUCCCAGCGGGUCGCCACAAUACUCACAUUCCUGAGCAGGUUCUCUGGGGCUACAUGACUCAAAUUGGAAAUGCGCUGAAGGCGAUUCAUACUAACGGUCUGGCCGCGCGAGUACUGGAGCCUAGCAAAGUACUGGUGACAGGCAAGAAUCGUGUUCGCUUGAAUGCCUGUUCCAUCCUGGACGUCGUCCAGUUUGACUCGUCAAGACCUGUUGCCGACCUUCAACGCCAAGAUCUCGUCAAUUUCGGGCAGAUGAUUGUCACCCUGGGUGCCAAUGCACCCAAUGUGAUGCACAAUCCCACUAAGGCGAUGGAACAUUUCACGCGAGCAUACAGCCCCCAGAUGAAGAAUUCAGUCUUUUGGCUACUGAACGGACUGCAGAAAGAUCAGGACCGGACCAUUGACAUUUUCAUCACGGGCAUUUCAUCUCAACUAAUGUCGACUUUUGAUUCCGCCCUCCACUUGGAUGACCAACUUACGUCUGAUCUCAGUCGCGAGCUCGAAAACGGUCGUCUAGUUCGUCUCAUGACUAAGUUGAAUUUCGUCAACGAGCGACCUGAAUAUGAGCACGACCGUCAGUGGGCAGAGAAUGGGGAGAAGUAUUUCUUGAAGAUUUUCCGAGAUUACGUCUUCCACCAAGUUGACACCCAAGGUGAUCCGGUGGUUGAUCUUGGUCAUGUGCUGACCUGCUUGAAUAAGCUUGAUGCGGGCUCUGAUGAGAAAAUCAGCCUAGUGAGCCGUGACGAGCAGAGCUGUUUCAUCGUCAGCUACAAGGAAGUCAAAAAGGCCCUCGAGUCCUGCUUCCAGGCGCUGAUGAAACCGGCCAGACGAAUGCACUGA